UGAAUUUCAGAAAUAUUUAUAUUUUUGAAUUCCACCACUUCUUUUAAACACGGAAAUUGAUCUCACGACACGUUAAUGUCCGACUUCAGCAGGAACAUGGAUUUUGUCGCUCUACAGCUGGAAUUGGACCUGUAGAAAGAUCUGCUCAUAUUUGAUUUCCUGUAUCCCUUGCCGAUUUGAUACAGGCCUUAAAAUUGGCCCCAGAAUACUCACAGCGGCCAAAAAUGAUGAAUUCUGGAGCGGGCGAUGAGGAGGUUGUCAAGGCCGCAGAAAUGGCACUGCAUGAUUCGAAAGAGAAAGUGGUAUUGGCGGUGAAGGUGUCAAAGAGCCGAGGGAUCUGGGGCGUCUCUGGUCGCUUGGCCCGCCACAUGACUAAGCCUAGGGUUAUUGCUCUCACCACAAGGAGCUCUGAUACAGGUCAGAGAGUCAAAGCUGAUUUACAUGUUUUGAAGCAUACCUCAGGAGGGGCCCUUCAGGCUGCAAAAGUUUAUAAGUUAAGGCAUCUUGUAAAAGUGGAGGUCAUUCCAAGUGAUGUUACUGGCUGUACAUUUGUGUUGGGUUUUGAUAACCUUAAAAGUCAGACUGUUUCCCCUCCUCAAUGGACAAUGCGUAACAUCAAUGACAGGAACCGUUUACUUGUUUGUAUUUUGAAUAUGUGCAAGGAGAUAAUUGGUCGCCCUCCAAAAGUAGUUGGCAUGGAUGUGGUUGAGAUGGCUCUUUGGGCACAGGCAAAUACAAAAACAGUUCCUGUCAAAACAAUUGCACGGGAUAGUCCAAUGGAAGAUGGUGAUAGACCAAGUGAGCUGAAGGUUACAGUUGAGCAGGACCUUGUUUCACAAGCAGAAGAGGAUGACAUGGAGGCUCUUCUCGGCACGUAUGUCCUGGGAAUCGAUGAAGCUGAGGCAUUUUCUGAACGUUUAAAGCGUGAACUACUUGCUUUGGAGGCAGCCAAUGUGUAUGCUAUUUUGGAGAGUGAACCUUUAGUUGAAGAAGUUUUACAAAGUCUUGAAUCAGCUAUGGUUUGCGUUGAAGACAUGGAUGAAUGGCUUAGCAUCUUCAAUGUGAAGCUGAGGCAUAUGAGGGAGGAUAUUGAAUCGAUAGAAUCUAGAAACAAUAAGAUGGAGAUGCAGUCAGUCAAUAAUAAAGCUCUGAUUGAAGAACUUAACAAGCUGCUCGAGCGUCUACAUAUACCUCCAGAGUAUGCAUCUUUGCUGACAGGAGGUCCAUUUGAUGAGGCAAGGAUGCUACAAAAUGUUGAGGCCUGUGAUUGGUUAGCUGGUGCUUUGCGUGCCCUUAUGCCACCAAGUUUGGAUUCUAACUACGCAAAUAUGAGAGCAGUCAGAGAAAAGCGUGCAGAACUUGAAAAUUUGAAAAGCACUUUUGUACGCCGAGCAUCUGAGUUCUUAAGAAACUAUUUUGCUAGUUUAGUGGAUUUUAUGAUUAGUGACAAAACAUACUUUUCUCAGAAAGGCCAGCUGAAAAGGCCCGAUCAUGCUGAUUUGAGAUACAAGUGCCGAACAUAUGCACGGAUGUUGCAACACUUGAAGAGUCUUGAUAAGAGUUGUUUGGGGUCACUUCGAAAAGCUUACUGCCAUUCUCUGAACCUGCUGCUUCGCCGUGAGGCUCGUGAGUUUGCAAAUGAACUUCGUGCUAGUACUAAAGCAUCAAGAAGUUCUACAGUGUGGCUGGAAGGAUCUUCUGGUUCCAAUUCAGUAACCAAUGCAGACACUUCUACUGUUUCAGAAGCAUAUGGAAGAAUGCUCACCAUUUUUAUUCCUUUGCUUGUAGAUGAGAGUUCAUUUUUUGCAUCAUUCAUGUGCUUUGAAGUUCUCCCUCUCAUUCCCCCAGGGGGCCCUUCUAGUGCUGGCAUGGAAGGAUCAAAUGAUGAUGAAAAUGAUGAUGAUUUAGGCCUAAUGGACCUUGAUGGGAACGACAUUAAGCCUAACCAAAAUUCUAUGGAGCUGGAAGCCUUAAAUGAAGCUCUUCAAGAAUUACUUGAUGGAAUCCAGGAUGACUUUUAUGCAGUUGUAGACUGGGCUUAUAAAAUUGACCCUUUGCGAUGUAUCUCAAUGCAUGGAAUUACUGAGCGGUAUUUCUCAGGCCAAAAGGCUGAUGCAGCUGGUUUUGUGCGUCAAUUGCUUGGUGAUCUACAAACUAGAAUCACAACACAAUUCAAUAGGUUUGUUGAUGAAGCUUGCCAUCAAAUUGAGAGGAAUGAUCGUAAUGUGAGGCAAGUGGGUGUCCUUUCAUAUAUACCAAGAUUUGCAACACUUGCGGGUCGUAUGGAAGAAUAUAUCCAAGGGCAAUCUAGGGAAUUAGUUGAUCAAGCAUACACAAAAUUUGUUGGGACCAUGUUUACAACUUUGGAGCGCAUAGCACAAAUUGACCCCAAGCAUGCAGAUAUUGUCCUCCUUGAAAAUUAUGCAGCAUUUCAAAAUAGCCUUUAUGAGCAGGCAAAUAUGGUUCCCACACUAGCAAAGUUCUACCAUCAAGCAAGUGAAGCAUACGAGCAAGCAUGCACUCGAUAUAUCAAUUCUAUCAUAAAUUAUCAAUUUGAAAAGCUAUUUCAGUUUGCUCAGAAAGUUGAGAAUUUGAUGUACACAAUUACACCAGAAGAGGUACCAUUUCAACUCGGACUGUCCAAAAUGGAUCUCCGAAAAACUUUAAAAUCUAGCCUUUCUGGGGUGGAAAAGUCUCUUCAAGCAAUGUAUAAAAGGAUGCAAAAGAAUUUGACCUCAGAGGAGCUGCUUCCUUCAUUGUGGGACAAAUGCAAGGCAGAUUUUCUUGACAAGUAUGAAAGUUUUGAAGGGAUGAUUGCAAAGUGUUAUCCCAAUGAAACAUUGAGUCCAACAUUUGCAGAGAUGAAAGACCUAUUUAACACAAUCUAAUUAUCUAUAUAAUCUGUAAAUUUACGAGUUUCAAUUUAUUUAUUCUUCAUUGAUUCUUUCCUACUUUAAAGUAGGGUUUGAUUUUAUCUAUAUGUGAUUUUAGUUAUUAUAAUUCUCAAGUGCAAUUCAUCUUUGAAAAAUGCACCAUUGCAAUUCUUCUUUGUAUAGUCUAAUCGGCCAUUAUUUGGACAUAUGAAAGAACAGUCCAAUGUGUGCAUGUUUGUAACUUCGAGGUUUCUUGAUGAGAGUAGUAUCGAGUUACAUUAUGUCCAAUAGUUGUAGAAUUGAAGAUAUAGCAGAUGACCUUAGUUUCUAUUAGCCUUAGAAAUUGAUGUACAAACAGAGAUGUAUUUUCAUUUCUGAAUGUAUAUUUAUUAUUUUUGCAAGAAUUGUAUGGAACAUAAUAUCUUACAGUAUGAGAGUUCUUUUCCACUAAUAUAAAUAUAUUGCAUACAAACAUUGUGUGAUC